AUGAGCGCGGAACCCAAGACCGGCGGUGACGACCUGGACGACGGGCUCGAGCUCGACCCCUCCCUGAUGGCGAGCGACGAUGAGGGCGCCGAGCUCGGCGAGGACGAGGGCGCUUAUCUGUCCGACGAGGAGGAGGCCCCGGAGCCCGUCAGCAGGAAGCGCAAGGCGGCGGACUCGGCCGACUCGGCAGAGCCCGUGUCGGAGGAGCAGGCGAAGAAGGAUGCAAAGAAGAGGCGGAGAGAAAAGGACAAGGCGAGGAAGGCGGCCAAGCGAGCAGCCGAGUACACCGAGCCGGCGGACCCGUCUACGCUCUCGACCGAGGAGUUCGCGCAGACCCUUCUGGCUUCCCUGCGUUCGACCUUCCCGGCGGGCACGGCGAUGGAGAUUGAGGAUAGGGCUAUUCCUACGAAGCACCUCCUUCCUCCUCUGAUGGCGGUCGACGGAGAGGGCAGCGACCCGCUCAAGGCGCGCCUGACUGAUGCGCUUCGCAACGCUCCCAAGAAGCCGACGAUGGGCACGCCGCGUGUGCUCAUUCUCUCCCUCUCGGGCAUCCGGUGCGCCGACGUCGUGCGCGCUGUCCGUGACGUGCCCCGGCCAGGCGGCGAGAUUGCCAAGCACUUCAAGGUCGCCGACCAGGUCAAGUUCCUUGGCAAGACGCGUGUCGCUAUUGCGGUCGGCACGCCGGCCCGUGUCGCCAAGCUUCUUGAGGAAGGCGCGCUCAAGAUCACGCCGCAGACUGUCGUCAUUCUCGACAUUGGGCAUCGGGACGCGAAGAACCGCACGAUGCUCUCGCUCCCUGAGGUCCGCGACGAGUUCUGGAAGUCUCUCCUCGCCAACAAGGCGCGCCGCGCGCUGCUCGACGGAGGCGCCCACUUCGCCGCCGUCUAA